CUUGCUUCUCAGGCAAAACCUAGCCCUAAAUUCCCGAAUCUGCUCCUCAAGAUCUUCCUCUCUCGUCAUGCUGAAGCUUCUUGCUUCGACCGCUUACGGUGCCCAUCACUUGAAUCCGGCUAUUCGGGUCGGGUCAAGCUCGGUUAAGAGUCCACUGUUUAAGGCACUGAGUCAGCUAACCGGGUGGAACCGGAGUUCCCACGAAUUGGGUCUUCGUGCUUUCUGCUCCGAUUCCAAGGUAGCUGAGUCGGAACCCGGUUCGGACACGAUAGCGUCAUCAGCGAUUGUCUCAGCUAUCCCUAAACUCGAAGACUGUCUAACGGUUAUAGCAUUGCCGUUGCCCAACAAGCCUCUUAUUCCUGGGUUUUACAUGCCAAUCUAUGUCAAGGAUCCUAAAUUACUCGCAGCUUUACAAGAGAGCAGAAGACGGCAAGCUCCAUACGCGGGGGCUUUCCUUUUGAAGGAUGACGCUUCGGCUGAUUCAUCUUCUACCUCUGAAACAGAGAAUGUCCUAGAGAAGUUGAAAGGCAAAGAGUUGCUUAGCCGGAUUCACGAAGUUGGCACACUUGCUCAGAUUUCAAGUAUCCAAGGUGAGCAAGUUAUCCUUAUUGGUCGCAGACGAGUUCGUAUAACAGAGAUGGUGAGUGAAGAUCCUUUAUCUGUCAAAGUUGACCAUCUAAAGGAUAAGCCAUAUGACAAGGACGAUGAUGUCAUCAAGGCAACAUACUUUGAAGUUAUGUCGACGCUGACGGAUCAUAUGAGUGACUUCAAGUAUCCACAUUUGGCCGACUUUGGAGCCGGGAUCUCUGGCGCUAACAAACAACAGAAUCAGGGGGUUCUUGAAGAACUGGAUAUUCAUAAACGUAUGGAGUUGACACUGGAUUUGUUGAAAAAAGAAGUGGAAAUUAACAAGAUUCAGGCAUCCAUAGCAAAAACUGUUGAAGAAAAAUUUAGUGGAGAGCGACGACGUAUCUUGCUAAAGGAGCAGCUCAAGGCUAUAAAAAAGGAGCUUUGUGGGGAGACAGACGACAAAUCUGCAUUUUUUGAAAAGUUUAGGGAAAGGGUUGACCCUAUUAAGGACAAAAUUCCAGAAAAUGUAUUGAAAGUCAUAGAGGAAGAGCUUGCAAAACUGCAGUUCUUAGAAACCACUUCAAGCGAAUUCGAUGUGACCUAUAACCACCUUGAUUGGUUGACCGUGUUGCCAUGGGGAAAGCUCAGUGAUGAGAAUUCUGAUGUCUUACGGGCAGAAAAGAUUCUUGACGAGGAUCAUUACGGAUUGUCUGAUGUAAAAGAAAGAAUUCUAGAGUUUAUUGCUGUGGGGAGACUUAGAGGCUGUUCACAAGGGAAGAUCAUUUGUCUCGCAGGGCCUCCUGGAGUAGGUAAAACGAGCAUUGGGCGGUCUAUUGCGGGUGCUCUUGGCCGCAAGUUCUUCCGGUUCUCUGUUGGAGGAUUAACUGAUGUUGGCGAGAUUAAGGGGCAUCGUCGAACAUAUGUGGGUGCAAUGCCUGGAAAGAUGGUGCAAUGCCUAAAGAAUGUUGGGACAGAAAACCCUCUUGUUCUGAUCGAUGAGAUUGAUAAGCUUGGAAAGAGCCGCGCUGGCGACCCAGCCAGUGCGUUAUUGGAGCUUCUGGAUCCAGAGCAGAAUGCUAAUUUUCUAGACCACUACAUAUGCUUUGUCGAUGUGAGCGAUGCAGCUCUUUUUUUGUUGAUAGAGAAUUACUGCAGAGAAGCUGGAGUUAGAAAUCUGCAGAAGCAUAUUGAGAAGAUUUAUCGCAAGAUUGCUCUUAAACUAGUACGCCAAGGAGCAUCCGCGGAAGCGUCUGCAGAUUCGGUUGAUGUGACUGACACUGAAGAUACUAACUCUUCGGCCAAGAACGAUUCUGAAUCCUCAGAGACAUUUGUAGAAGGAUGUGUUGAUGUGUUGACAGAUGAGUCAGCAACUGGGGAAUCAACAGAAUCAAAGACUGAGCAGAGCGAAGAGGUAGCUGAAACGGUUGAAAAGAUUAUGAUUGAAGAAUCAAACCUUGCGGAUUAUGUUGGCAAACCGGUGUUCCACGCAGAGAAGAUCUACGAACAGACACCAGUCGGGGUUGUAAUGGGUCUGGCUUGGACAUCCAUGGGCGGCUCAACGUUGUACAUAGAGACAAGCUUUGUGGAAGAAGUAGAACGCAAAGGUCGGCUUCGUAUAACGGGUCAGCUCGGGGACGUGAUGAAAGAAAGCGCGCAGAUAGCUCACACGGUCGCCAGAAGAAUCAUGCUCGAGAAAGAACCAGAGAACCUCUUCUUUGCGAAUUCCAAGCUUCAUCUACAUGUUCCUGCAGGGGCCACACCAAAAGACGGUCCAAGCGCAGGCUGCACCAUGAUCACUUCCUUGCUAUCACUUGCCAUGAAGAAGCCAGUAAAGAAGGAUCUUGCAAUGACCGGAGAAGUCACUCUGACCGGUAGAAUUCUUCCAAUAGGCGGCGUUAAGGAGAAGACUAUAGCUGCGAGACGGAGUCUAGUGAAGACGAUAAUAUUUCCCGAGGGUAACCGUAAAGAUUUUGAUGAGCUCCCGGAGAACCUGAAAGAAGGGCUCCAUGUUCAUUUCGCCGGUGAAUAUGAGCAGAUUUUCGAGCUAGCCUUUGGGUCUGAAUGACCAGUAGAAGAAGAAAUCUGACAAGUCUCACUCGCUUAAGAUCUUCCUCUCUUGUUGUUGUGUUAACUAUAUGUCAUUGAUACGUAAUUCUUCUUUAUUAACUCUUCUUCUUACUAAAAGACGAAACGUAACAAAGAGCCAGGGAAUUUUGUAAUAUUUUAUACUAAUUAGAGUAAUUUUAUUAUCG